AUGGCGACGGCGAGCAUCGCGUCCAAUGUCGCCGGCGGCGGCUGUCCCACCCCGUCUCGGUCAGCCGCCGCCUCCACCGUCGUCACAACGCAAGCCUAUCACGUGCUCAAGAUCGAUGGCUACUCCCGCACCUUACAAGUCCACUGUUACAGAUCUCUCAGUUCCUUCCCGUUCAACGCGGGAGACCGCACUUGGUACAUCUGCUACUACCCACACGGAAAGAACGACAUUAGCAAGGACUUCAUCUCUAUCUACCUCGUUCUCUAUGACGCCAUCGCCGAGGCUGUCAUGGUGCAGGCUACCUUCAGCCUGCUCGACCAGCACGGGAAACCAGUGCCGUCUCACACCCACGCCACCCGACUGUUGAGCACUUCGAACCAAGACGACAUGGCUAACAACCUAGGGUUUGAAACCUUCAUUGCAAAGGGCGACUUGGAAAAAUCGGGACAUGUCCAAGACGAUUGCUUCGCUAUCGGGGUCCAUGUGGUAAUCACCAAGGAAACGCCGCCACCCAUCAUCGCGGUGCCACCGUCGUCGGACAUGCACCUGCAUUACGGCGAUCUUCUCUCAAGUAAACGGUGCGCCGAUGUAGAGUUCCUAGUUGGCGGCGAGACCUUCGCCGCGCACAGAUUGGUGCUCGCGGUGCGCUCGCCUGUCUUUGUGGCGGAGCACUUUGGGCCAAUGAAGGAGGGUGUAAACGUAAACGACGUGAUAGAGAUAAAUGACAUGGAUGCACAAGUGUUCAAAGCUCUACUUAACUUCAUCUACACGGAUACGUUGCUAGAGAUGGAUCAAGAAGAAGAUGCGACAAUGGCUCAGCAUCUACUUGUUGCUGCGGACAAAUAUGGCCUAGAAAGGCUAAAGGUUAAAUGCGAAGAAAGGUUGAGUAACCACAUCGAUGCUGACUCUGUAGCAACCCUCUUGGUGCUAACCGACAAGCACAAUUGUCGUGGUCUGAACAAGGCGUGCAUCGAGUUCUUUAGCUCCCCAACAGCACUGGCUAAGAUCAUAGAAACAGAUGAAUUUCAGUAUUUAACCCAAAGCCAUCCUAAUAUUUUGGAGGAUAUAAUUUCUAACAUUGUUGCUUCUCAGUUGGAGAAGGCAAUUUUCUCUCCGGAAAAUGAGGGAGGCAAAAUUAACAAGGUAGACAUUAGGAUUCAGCCAUGGCAAAAUUCAAAUGCCCGAUGUGGUUAG